GGGAAUUUCACAAUUGAUUCUCUAAUUUCUUCAGAACGAAGUGCCAGAAGAAUGUUCUUCGAGCCCUCAGAAUGGAGGCUCUGCAGAUAUGACUAAAACAAAUCCUUUUUAUUCAUAUUACAAGGAAUUGACCAACAAAAGGACCAUAGUGGAGAGCCCUGGAAGUGAAACUUCAGAACAAGCAGAUGUUGUUCCUGUCCCUUUGCCCCCAGUGAAAUUCCUCAACUCUCCACAGGAACUUGGUUAUGGAAUUAAGACAACAGAAAAUGGAGCAAAACUUUCCAAACAUCUUGACGUGCCUCAGAGGUAUGACCCCAAGGAUGAGCUUUUCCGACCCUCCUCUCUUACGGUCAAUGCUAAUGCCAAUGGUGACUUUGGUGGCGCAUCUCUGAAAAAGGCUAACACUGCUCAACCACAAAGGCUCUCUAAACUCCCACCAAGAAAGAGCUCAGACAACUUGGUGGAGGAUGUGGAUGCUAUUUUUAGAUCAUCUAAGGAUUCAGUCCACUCCCCACAAAUGUUGGUACCAGAUCCAUUUUCCAAAACUACGAGCUUAGAAGCGGAUUUGUUUCCACAUAAAGAUGAGGAACUCUUCAAUGUUAAUGGGAUCGAAGAAGAUGCCAGCAAAGCAGAAGGUGAUCUUUCUGGGAAAUCCUUUAAGGAAAAAUUCGACAUAUUUUCAUCGUCAUCCACAAAUGGAAUCGAUCCAUUUCCAAGUCCGCUUCUGAGGAAUUCAUUCAACCUCUCCAGUCUGGAUGAUCCUUUCGGUCCAACUCCCUCAAAGCAAUUUGACUACCUCCAGGAUGGUUUCAGUAGCGUGGAAGGGGGCGAUGAUAUAUUUAAGAUUACCUCCUCCAAUACUGUUUUCUCUACACCUUUAAACAACAGUCCACUUGACUUUAGAGUGGACUCACCAAUGUCUGACAUACACAAGAAAAUGCCAGCAAAGCGUCCUCCAGUUGUUCCACCAAAACCUCCAAACAAGCCAAGAAAUCUUGUGACAACGCCUCAGGAAAGCAAAGAAAAUAUCCUUCAGCCGACCCCCUUCAUUUUGGCCAGCAGCCUGUCUUCCUCACCCAGCUUUUCUCCAGCUGACAUGGAUCAUGCGCAGACCUUCAAGCGUCCACCAAGACCCCUUCCUCGAACUCGACGCCCCAGAGCAGAGAAGCCCCAGACCACGGAGAGCCCUUCACCCUCUGUAGUCUCUACUGAAGUUGAAACAGAAAUGCCUGAAUUCCAUGUUACCGAACCAGAGCUGCCGAAACUUCCCCCGAAACCAGUGUUCAAACCUCCCCCGAAACCAGUUCCUCCCUAUAAACCUAAGAAUCUGGUGAGCAAACCUUUGGAACCUGAGAAUAGUGUGGUCUUCGAGGACAUCCUCCUUAUUGGACAGGAACACUGUGUGGAAGAUUGGCCUGAAGAUAGUCCUGAGCUGAAUCCAGACUUUAAGCCAUCGGGAAAAUUCAAAUUACGGAGAGAGUCAAUGAAGGAAAAGACUGAGUCAGAUGGAGGAAGCAGUGAAGACCCUGAUGGUGCCGUUAAGAAUAAGAAAAAGAACAAGAACCUUCGAAUGUCGCUGUUAUCUAGACGAAGCUCAAAGGAAACGCAUUCUGAUGACAUGAUGGAGGGAAAGAGCAACACAUUGCCUAUCCGAAAAAAAUCAUCUAAGGAAUUUGGUUCGAAUGGAAAUAUUUCUACAGGAGAUGACGAAGAUCACUAUAGUUUGGACUAUAAAAAAAAACCAAGGACCAAAGUCAAUAAUUUGUUUCGAAGAGCUUCAGUUGCUACCUCUACAUAUGAGGGCAAGAACAUGAAUGGGCAUUUACCAGAAAAGUCAAAGGAAGAUGACUCUUUUAAUAAAAGUGGUAAGAGGAAGAACACCAUUGUUCGUCGACAGUCUGAGAGCUCAGUGUUGGAUAAAAGAGACUAUGAAGAGGCACAAAAAGUCGGUGGAGGACAGAGGAAGAAUAGCAAGGUUAAAAUUAAGUUUGUGCCACAAAGAGGAUUUGCCAUCACCCUACAAAAGCCACAUGAUGAACCAAAAGGAGCUUAUGGAUAUACUCCUCGCAAGGACUCAAAGGACGAAUUGUUUGAAGAUUCUGGAGCGCAUGGCUACACGCCUCGUGGCAAGUUACAGGAUGAUGAAUUUGAAGACUUUGAAGAGAUAGAAUAUCUGAACCCAGCUAAGGCUGCCAUAAUGGAAGAUGAGGAACAGGAAAAAUCUCUCCGUUACUCACCAAGCCUUCAUGGAGACGAGGCUGCUGAAGGAUCUAAAGAGCGAAAACAUAAAAAGUCAAAGUAUAAGAUUCAUAUGCGCAAAUCUAAGGCUGCACACGGACUCAGUGAGCCAAGAGAAUCCUGCUCCUAUUCGGGGGGCUCUAAUGAUGAUGAUGGAACAGAAAAAGAUAUGAAGAGUCCCGCGGAGGGAUAUGAUGAAGAUCCUGAUGAUGAAAUCGCCAAACUGAAAAAGCAAUUCAAAUUCAAAGUUCCCAAGAAAUACAAGCGAAAGAGCAAAAAGGCCAAGAACAAAUCUGAAGCCGCAUCUGAUGAUCUCUCAGAGGCUGCUAAGGCAGCCUGGGCGGCUGCUCAGAUGGACGAACAAGCUGCCGGGGGUCUGGAAGAAGAAGAGGAGGAGGAUGAAGAAGAUGACGGGGACACUGACAGUUUAAUGGAGUGGUGGUACACAGUAGAAAAGUGGGAUGAACUGCCAUCGGAUGAAGAGGACGAAGCCUUGAGAGAGGAUGAGUCAAAGUCAUUCAGCAUCUUGGCAGAAAAGGUUGAACGAGGUCUUCGCCUCUUCAAUAAGGUUUUCACCGAACAAGCCGAAGUCCUGUGGCAGGCCAUCAUCUCACUCCACACCCUUGCUGACGACAUCAGCGAGUUCCAUCACAAAGCUAAGAUCGCUGGUAUCAGUGGUGGAACCACCACGGCGGUGGGCACUGUGACGGCUAUCACCGGCUUGGCUCUGGCUCCCUUAACGUUCGGAGCCUCUUUGCUAAUUACAGCUGUGGGCGUCGGGGUCGCAACAGCUGGUGGAAUCACUUCAGCUUCUGCAGCCAUCUCUGAUAAUGUACACAACAAGAAUGACCGCAAACAGAUCGAGGAAAUACUGCAGGAUUAUGAAGACCGAUUGCUGGAGAUCUCAAAGAUCCUUCACUUCGUCAACCAGGGCUUGUACAGACUCCGCGGCCACCCUUUCCUCAGAUCUGGCACGCAGCAUUAUUCACAGGACUGGGACGUUCGCAAGGCGGUCCAGAUGAUCAGCAUGGUGGAUUCCCCAGUGAUGCGAGCAACAGAAAUAACAGAUGAGGCUGUGGGCUCCCUGCAAGGACUCUUCAAAGGUAUGGACAAGUACUUUACCAAAGAAACCAGAGAGCUGAAGAAAAGCUGUACUAAGGAAAUAGUGAGUGCCAUAAGACAAGUGGCAAAUGUUCUGAAUGAUUGCAUCGUGGAGCUGAACACCAUCAGAGAAGAGCUCCAAGAUGCUACUGGACAAGUAUAAACAGCCUCAUUAUCAUCCUGAGAGAAGAUCACCACUGACACCUUGUGGCGUAAAAUGGAGAAUUACAGCUCAGUCUCUUCAAUAUUACAUUGUUGUUCAAAAAUAUUUUACCUGUAAAGCUAAUAACGAUUUUUUUGAGGGGAGAUUGUGUCAGUAAAGUUUUAACUUGUUUUGCUAACUUUAUUUAGGUUUCAGGUGAGUUUUGGUAUUUAAGACUUGAAAAUACAUGGAAAGAGGGUUUCUGGUUAACCACUUUUUGUUCAGCCUGAGAUGUAUCAAUGUUUUCCUGUAAAUAUGUCACACUGGGUUUACUUUGUUGAAAUGUUAUUUUUGAAAUGAGUUUAUUCACUGUGUCUUAAAUUGAUCCUUUAUCUAAAACUUUACGACACAACCCCAACAAUGGAUAAACAUGUUUGACAGAAGUGUAAGAAGUUAAGUUUCCAAAUCCUAAUAACCAAAGAGAUUAGGAAGCGUCAGAUUUUAACAGAACAUUACAGAUGCAGGUUAAACCACCUGGUAUUGUAAAUAGGAUUUGUAAUUUUAAACUUUUGAACUGCAGAAAAGAUUACUUUUAUAAUCAAGUGUUUAUAGAUUAAUUUAUUUGUCAGACUUCAUUACUUUAAUUUUAUUGUAAAAUGUGAACUGGUAUAGGAAGCGACUGAUUUGG